AGUACAAGCUGGUGAUGUUGGGCGCCGGCGGGGUCGGGAAGAGCGCCAUGACUAUGCAGUUCAUCAGUCAUCGUUUCCCAGAAGACCACGAUCCCACUAUCGAGGACGCUUACAAAAUGCGGAUCCGGAUUGACGACGAACCUGCUAAUCUGGAUAUUUUGGACACUGCAGGCCAGGCUGAAUUCACCGCUAUGAGGGACCAGUACAUGCGGGCUGGCGAGGGGUUUAUCAUCUGCUACUCGAUCACGGAUCGCCGGAGUUUUCACGAAGUCCGGGAGUUUAAGCAGCUCAUCUACCGCGUCCGGCGCACGGACGAGACUCCGGUGGUCCUGGUGGGCAACAAGUCUGACCUCACUCAACUCAGGCAGGUCUCCAAGGACGAAGGCUGUUCGUUGGCCCAGGAGUUCGGCUGCCCUUUCUUCGAAACCUCCGCCGCCUUUCGUUACUACAUCGAUGACGUGUUUCACACCCUGGUCCGGGAAAUCCGACGGAAGGAGAAGGAGAGCGUCAUGGCGCUGGAGAAGAAGUCCAAGCCACGUCCGAGCGUUUGGAAAGCCUUGAAAUCGCCCUUCCGGAAGAAGAAAAAUUCCGUAACCUGA